UCCACGUAAAACCAUGUUAUGACAGCUUUUAUAUUCUGGGACUCUGUCGGCCCACCACCACCACCACCCUUCUUCACCUUUGCCUUCUUUCUUCCCCAAUCCUCCCUUUCCUUUCCUUUCCUUGCCUUCUCCCCCACAACCCCAUGUGCUUUCUUCUCAAUUGCAGCACCUUUCCUUUCCCACCACCUGCUCCUCCUUUCCAUCUUUCCAACCCCUAAAAACCCACCCAGAGAAAAAGCUCCAAUCUUUCCUCUCCUUUCUCUCCAUUUCCCCCCUCGUCCUUCCAUGGCCUAGAGUACUUCCAGCUUGAACCGAGCUUAGCUGCUUUCUCACUUAAAAAAAGAAACUCAACUUGAAAGUUGAAAAUUUUCCCCUGUUUUCUUCCUCCUUCUUUUGAUUUUUGGGGGAAAAAGUGAUAAGUCAUGGCGAGGAAGAAGAAGUCCCAUUUCAGCUCCAGCUUCAGUCUUUACCUGGUUUUCAUUUCUGGGUUCUGUUCGAUUUUCUCGCUCGUGAGCUCCUUAACUGAAGACGCGCCAGUAAUGCUUGCUCUCAAGGAGAGCCUCAACUCCCCGGAUAUCGGGUGGUCCGACCCGGAUCCAUGCCGAUGGGACCAUGUGGGCUGCUCCGAAGAUAACCGGGUCGUUCGGAUUCAAAUCGGGCGAUUGGGUCUCAAAGGUAAGCUCCCACCAGAUCUCCACAACUUGACUAUGCUGGAGCGGCUGGAGCUGCAGUGGAACAGCAUUUCGGGUCCUUUGCCCAGUUUGAGCGGGUUGGGUUCGCUCCGCGUGGUGAUGCUGAGCAACAACCAGUUCACUUCGAUUCCCAGCGAUUUCUUCCAAGGUUGCUCCUUUCUUCAGUCCGUUGAAAUUGACAACAACCCGUUUUCCAGCUGGGAGAUUCCCGAGAGUGUGAAGAAUGCUUCUGCCCUGCAGAAUUUCUCUGCUAAUUCUGCCAAUAUUUCUGGGCCGAUUCCUGAUUAUUUCGGUUCUGAUGCUUUCCCUGGUUUGGAAACCCUGCAUUUGGCUUUUAACAAUCUGGAGGGUGCUUUGCCUGUGGCGCUUGCUGGUUCGCAAAUUCAGUCAUUUUGGGUGAAUGGGCAGAAGAGUGUAGGUAAGCUCACUGGGGGAAUUGAUGUGUUGGGGAACAUGACUUCUUUGAAGGAAGUUUGGCUUCAUGAUAAUGGGUUCGAUGGUCCUUUGCCCGACUUUUCUGGGUUGACAAGUUUGGAGAGCUUGAGCUUGAGAGACAAUUCGUUCUCUGGUCCUGUCCCCGAAUCCUUGACCAAGUUGGAUUCACUCAAAGUGGUGAACUUGACCAACAACUUGUUCCAAGGGCCGGUGCCCGAGUUCAAGAGCUCGGUUGCUGUGGAUAUGACGAAGGAUUCCAAUAGUUUCUGCUUGCCUACGCCUGGACCAUGUGAUUCGAGGGUCGAUACGUUGCUCUCCAUCGUGAGGCCUCUUGGUUACCCUCAGAGGCUUGCUGAGAAUUGGAAGGGGAAUGAUCCUUGUGCUGAUUGGAUUGGGAUUUCUUGCAGUGGUGGCAACAUUACUGUUGUCAACUUCCAGAAGAUGGGCCUCUCGGGCACUAUUUCGCCUGAUUUCGCAUUGCUUACCUCGCUGCAGAGGUUGGUUCUUGCUGAUAACAACUUGACUGGUACAAUCCCUCAGGAGCUUGCUUCACUGCCUAUGCUGAAAGAGCUUGAUGUUGCAAACAAUCAGAUUUCUGGUAAAGUUCCAGUCUUUAAGAACAAGAUUGAUUUGAAUACCAAUGGGAACAAAGAUAUUGGGAAGGAUAUCAGUAGUCAGCCGCCAGAUGGUUCUUCAUCAGGAGGUCAAGCAACUGGUUCGAAUUCAGAUGGAAGCUCCCGAAACGGGGUGAAGAAAUCAUCCUCUAAUGUCGGGGUAAUUGUGCUCUCCGUCAUUGGUGGUGUGUUCAUACUGUUUCUUAUUGGAUUGCUGGUCUUCUGUCUGUAUCAAAAGAAGCAGAAGAGGUUCAGCAGGGUUCAGAGCCCCAAUGCAAUGGUUGUGCAUCCUCGCCACUCAGGUUCAGACAACGAGAGUGUCAAGAUCACGGUUGCUGGCUCGAGUGUCAGCGUGGGAGCAGUCAGCGAGGCACACACCAUUCCAACAAGCGAGCAUGGGGGUAUUCAAAUGGUUGAAUCAGGGAACAUGGUCAUUUCCAUUCAAGUCCUGAGGAACGUGACUGACAACUUCAGUGAGAAGAACAUACUAGGGCAAGGAGGGUUUGGAGUGGUCUACAAAGGCGAGCUCCAUGAUGGCACGAAAAUUGCUGUGAAGAGGAUGGAGUCAGGGGUGAUAAGCGGGAAAGGGUUGACUGAGUUCACGUCGGAGAUUGCUGUCUUGACCAAAGUUAGGCAUCGCCACCUUGUGGCAUUGCUAGGGUACUGCCUUGAUGGAAAUGAGAAGCUACUUGUCUAUGAGUACAUGCCACAGGGGACGCUUAGUCAGCAUAUCUUCAACUGGGCAGAGGAGGGGUUCAGUCCGUUAGAUUGGACGAGGAGACUGACGAUUGCUUUGGAUGUGGCGAGGGGUGUCGAGUACCUUCAUGGCCUGGCGCAUCAGAGUUUCAUACAUAGGGACUUGAAACCUUCCAACAUUCUUCUUGGGGAUGAUAUGAGGGCAAAGGUAGCUGAUUUUGGCCUUGUUCGUCUUGCACCAGAGGGGAAAGGGUCCAUUGAAACUAGGAUUGCUGGAACUUUCGGGUACUUGGCACCAGAAUAUGCAGUCACAGGAAGAGUGACUACCAAAGUCGAUGUCUUUAGCUUCGGCGUGAUACUAAUGGAGCUAAUCACUGGGAGAAGGGCUCUAGACGAAACCCAGCCAGAGGAGAGCAUGCAUCUAGUGACAUGGUUCAAGAGAAUGUCCCUCAACAAGGACACAUUCCGAAAGGCCAUCGACCCUACGCUAGACCUCAACGAAGAAACCCUAGCGAGCAUCAGCACCGUAGCUGAGCUGGCAGGGCACUGCUGCGCCAGAGAGCCUUACCAGAGGCCGGACAUGGGCCAUGCAGUUAACGUCCUGUCCUCCCUCGUCGAGCUCUGGAAACCAACAGAUCAGAACUCGGACGACAUCUAUGGGAUCGAUCUAGACAUGUCGUUGCCACAGGCACUGAAGAAAUGGCAAGCCUACGAGGGUCGAGGCAACAUGGAGUCAUCGUCUUCUUCGCUCCUCCCGAGCCUGGACAACACUCAGACCAGCAUUCCCACCAGACCGUAUGGGUUCGCUGAUUCAUUUACCUCCGCCGAUGGGAGGUGAUGAUGAUCGAUGGUGGUGAUAGUUUUACUAGGGCCAUGAAUUUGUACAUGAUGGGUUGUGGAGUGAGCUUGAUUAUGGAUGUGUUUGUAUUGUUGUUCAUUCUUCUUUUGUUGGCAAUACUACUUCUUCUCUUUCCCUCCCUUUUGUCAAUGUGUGUUGGAAAAGGAAGUAGUAACCUUGACAGAUUUGUUAGGAGAUGGUAGUAGUCCUGAUCGGGUAAGGAUUUGCGGUUUGAAGCAAAGCUUCUGGCUUGUGGUGGUUGGUUGGUUGGAUGGAGAUGGUUUUGAUUUGUUAGUUGGAGGAGAUAGAUAGGGGAGAACAUUGUUGUUGUAUUUGAGUUAAUGAGUGGGAAAUUUGGGUCAUUUUAUUUUUGGUUGAAAUGUAUUCAUUUCUAGCUUUUUACUCUUUUAGGAGUCGAACGAUUAGGUUCACAUCUUAACAAAAAUCUUGAAAUUGUUCAAAUCGGAUUGAAACCAUGCAUUUAUUUGAGCUUCA